GUGGCCAAGCACGUUUCCAGUGCCUUCCUUUUCAUAUGACGUAGAGUUGAGGCCUAAAAAAGCUAAUGAGGAUCUUAAAGAAAAUGGAACAGGCCUGAUUGUUCCAAGAGACAUGAAAAUGAAUAUCCUGGACCUGAAGUUUAAAAUGGCUAAUUAUCGUCAGAAACUCUGCAAUGCAGGAUGCAAUGAGAUGGUUGUGAAUACCCACUCAAGACAAGGUUCAUCUCAGGGAUCUCUCAAGCGACCCAGAAGAUCUGAACUCAACUUUCUUCCCGACCAUCCUGUUGGUUUGGAUGAACAAGAAUUGGAGAAGGAAAGGUCAUCGAUGGAGGAAGAAGUGAAAAAAAGAAAUUUGAGCUUGACUGUUUUGAAUACAAAGAUGGAGACAACAUUUUCCUUGAGGAGAAAGGAAAUUGUGCAGGAUCAGCCGCUAGUGUCAACAAUCAAGCAAAGAUGGCCUGGACAGUUUUUUGAGGAGGAGGUUUGUGCUGAAUUCUACCGCAUCAACCGUAUAGACCUGAAGUCAACAUUCCUGACAUCGUUGGACAAUCACACCCAGGGGUUUCUGAAGAUGUACAGAGCCAAAGCAAGACAGGGAAGGUGCAACGACUUGGAUGAACUUCUUGAGAAACUGGAUGCCCAGACCACAGAUCUAACCACUUUUAGAAGGUCUGCUGUUCUCCGUGGUCUUUCCCUGUGCUUGAGAGAGCCAGCAUCAAUUUCAAAGACAAUUAAGGAUACUGAGGCACUGAGACCACACACAAAGGCCAUGAAAAUGGGGAUCCUGGAAGUGACAGACAGGAUCGUUUUAGAUGUUUCCCUGUAA